CUCCCUUAUUCUCGCUCAGCCGGUAGAUGAUGUGGAUUUCUCUGAGCCUCGUACUACAAAGUUCUUCCAGGACCAUGUCCUUCGCAUCUCACUGCUUGUAUCAGACUCGGUCAUAGAAAGGGCACGGCUACUGGCUGGCUGACAUACCUACCCUUAACAACAACCCGUGCUCCAAUUCCGACUGGAGUACGACACAACUUCCUGCCAUGGAAACCGGCGUUUCUGAGCUAGUUGAGAGGCUAGGCAGCGAUGAAGAUGCGGUGCGCAAGAUGGCAGUUUUCAAGCUUCAGGGAAGCAUUGGGGAUCCUUCAUUCGCCGAUAUCUUCAUCGCAGAAGGUGGGCUGGCCAGGUUACGCUACUUGACCUUACAUGCAAGUGGUAACACCUUGGCAUAUAGCCUCACCAGCUUCGCAAGAUUACUGGAAGUUGACAAAGGCUGGGAUCUGGUAGAUCAGGAAGUGGUUGAAAGAGUUAUUGAACUUAUAGUGACACACCCAUUGGUCAAUAUUCUGAGGGGUGCAAUGUCUAUCUUAGUCUCCAUUGUGUCACAUCCUUACACAGGUGCCAACUUAUCACAGGAUGGGAACUUCGGCUUUCGUGCAUUGAAGCCUGCAAUUGCCAUUUACCCGCAGUUCCUGGAAAUGCUCGUCAAUAGGCUUUCAUCUGCAGAUCAUGCACUCUGUGCCAACGCACUCCAGUUGAUUAAUUCUCUCAUGCGGGACUCUAUCACAAAUGAGUUAGAUACAGAGUGGCCGAAAUUUAUCCAGAAACUGCAGGAUCUGGGUGUGAUUAGGGCAGUCUACUCUCUCAUGCAGGGUACUGCCUUGCAGGAUCACGUGCACCCAUUGGUCGAAUUUCAAUCCCUUACCAAGGUCCUUCUCAGGAAAUGGAGAGAAAUAUCUCUGGAUCUAGAAAGACCGGAGCAUAGAAGGGCCCUAAAGGGGAUUUACUUGGCUAGCUCACAAGAACGCAGUCAAGACAAAGGUGUCGAAAACAGUGACAAUGUGCGACACUCGAAGAGACACAAUCCAGAAAAAUGGAGGCGCCUUGGUUUUGAAUCGGAAAACCCAUCGAUGCAGUUUGAGGAUACGGGGUUUUUGGGUAUGAUGGAUUUGGCAGAUUAUGUCAGAAAUCAUCAAGACGAAUUCCUGAAAAUGCUCCUAGAACAGUCCACGAAGCCUGCACAGCAGCGAUGCCCCAUCGCGCGUGCUUCUCUGUCGGUCACUUUGAUUCUCUAUCAGCAUUUUGAGGUGGACAAGUCGGAGAUGGAUGAUGCUAAAGGCUAUCUCCUACUAGAGUCUCGCUCCAACCUUGAUAGGCUAUUUGAGCCUUUACUGUUGCAUUGGACCAGAUUGCAUGUUGCAGGAUUGCAUGCUUUCUUCCGCCUGUGGAAGGCUACUGGUGCCGAAGUCGAAGAUUACGGAAAGAUUGUCGAGCUUGUUAGGAUCCUUAUUGAGUCUGUUGUUGGCGGAGCUCCUCGCACAAAGGAUGUGCAAGAAGUGGAAGAAGAACUGGCCAAUUUUGAAUAUGGUCGGCUCCGCGAACUGCAAAUGGAGCUACUGGAGCUCACGUAUGAAGAUGCAUGGGGCCAACAUUUGCGACAGAUGCGUGAAGAACUGUACCAUGAAGCCCUCCAGUUCGUUAAAGAACAGAGAGUUCGCUGCCUGUUGCAAGGUGCAUGGUUCCCCAACGAGGGUUCACAUAAUUUGGAGGCAGUGAACGAAAAGUACUCGUGGAGAUACACCCAGCUUUCGCACAAUAGGAGGUUCAUACAUUUUGGCGACUUCAAUGCCAUCGAGGAGAAGAGUCCAGAGCUUGACGCUCUGCCCGAGAAGAUCGACCUUUCAUUAGUAUCUUCAGUAGUGUCAAAUAUCUCUGCUUCUUCCAAGGAUCACGGGGCAUCGACUGCGGAAGACAUGGCUCACGCUAUUUCCUAUACGAAAAUUACUGUCCACGGCUACCCACAGCCUGAACCCCCUAAUGGGGAUGCCCAGAAAAGUAAUGACCACGGCCGAGCCUCAAGCAAAUCGGCGCAAGGGGAAUCUGUGUUGUUGGUUCUUCGUCCACCAUCACAUAGCGUUGCGUCUGAAUGGCUUGAUGGGUUGCUCAUGCUUCUCAAUCAACAGCCUAUAACGGCAGAGACAAACAAGCUUUUGGAUUUAGUCAUCAUUUACGGACUCAAAAUCCGUUUGUUGAAUGUUCGAUUCGACGAUGUAGCAUUCGCCGGCGACGCUCCACAGGUUCCCUCCCGAGAUGGUCUCGACGACAAUUACUACUAUGAUGUCUUUGGUGGCUCAUAGUAACAGCUUUAUUGGUGGAUCAAUUUGGUGAUACAUAUGUCUAUGGAAGUCAUAUAUCCAGGAGGUUCUUCAACUGACGAUAAUAUAUGAACAAGGCACACCAGGAAUUAUUGGCGCAAAGGGUUUUGACUUGGUUGGAAUCUCUGUUCCCCUGGGGAAUGCGGUUGUCAAUCCAAUUCACCUAAAUAAGCAAUCAUAGGCUGCUAGGCAGGCCUUGUUCGUACUGUAGGUUUCCUCAUGCAUACCGUAGAGUGGAGUCUAGCGUGGUUAUUUGAUGUUAGAGGCUCCAUCCUUACUGUUAUACCUAAAGAAGAAACUAGUAUCUGUUUUAAUUUCAUAAA